UGUUCGCUGUGAUAGAAAAUUUUGAAAUGAGUGAGCUCAGGCCAGCUAGACGGCUAAGCUCGAAAACUCUUGCACAAGCAUUAAAAACCUUUGUCGUUCCCGUAGUUGCUCGUUCUUAUUCGAUCGUUAGUCUGCGGGCUCUUUGGAACGUGCAUCAAAGAGAUGAAGGAAAGGCUGAAAGUCUCAUCGCCUUGAAGCGAAGGCAGCUUGAAAUGCUAUUACAGCGAAACGACUCGAUAAUCGUCAUAUGGAGUUGCAUAACUGGCAUCGAAAAGAGGAAAAGCCGAGGAAAAACUGAAAGUGAUCAAUCCCAUGAAGGGCAGCAAUUGAUGGGAACAGCGGAUAUUUUGGAAGAAACCCAAGAAACCGAACGGGACGAUUGCGAAAACAGCCAAGCAAAACCAGAUGUGGUUCCUUUGGACGUCAAACCUGGCAUAAGCUUCUGGAUAGUGGUUGACGUUCCAAGCUCAAAUAUCAAAACCAUCGAAAAUCAGAUCCAACUGAUUUUAACGUCCGGCCUUGACUUGGAAUGCAAACCCAUAAGAGCCAGGGCUUGUGAAGAAACAAAUUCAUACUAUGCAUCGACUCUUUGCACUGUCAUCAAAGAUCACAACCUGGGUUAUGCAAUGAAUCUUGCAAGUAAAGGCGCGUACGAAUACACAAAGACCGUAAUUCAUGCACAAACUGGAAUUUCGGUCGACAACGAAAAGAUUCCAAAAAAUGCCCAGUUCGGUACCAAAACAGUACGUGUGACAGUAACAGGAAGCUGUGGACAGGAAUUUCGUACCGCUUUCCUUGCAGCAUUGGACAAAAUAAAGUACACAAAGUUUGAUUAUGACUUGGUCGAUUUGCGAGAAGACAAUGCGUCUAUGACUUCGGCAAGUUCAUCCGUCGGACUUUAUUGCAAACCGAAGAGCAACAUCUGUCGUGCAGUGGACAUGAUACGGCGCUCGAUGGAAAAAUUGACGAUGAGGCUGCAUAGAGGCUUCGUUUACAGAAAAGUAAACGAAGCAAAGUAUACAUUCGUCAAAGCGGGAACUGUGCAUGAAUUUGUGCAUGCAUUGCUACGAAAUUCCGAAGUCGCUGACGUUGUCACGCCAAACCUGCAGGCAGUCAUUGGCUUGCUAUCCUUCAAAGGUUGCCAGAUUGUCAGACAAAUGAAAAUUAACUACAACCUCAUAGAGGUGAAACCAUUUGGUGUGUGUUUUAACUUCGCUACCAAGACAUUUCAUACAGAGUCAAUUGGAGAGGAGGAAAUUGGAAAUGUCUCUCCUCGCACGUAUGUCAGCUACACAUACAAAGAAGGGAUUGUGCCAGCCCCAAAAAUCUUCAUCGACAGCCUGCAAAACAGCUUUUCCGAGCACGAUGUUUUACAACGAUUCCUGCAAAAAUGGUACCAACUUGCCUUGAAGGAUUGCUUUCCACAAAAGGCCAAGAAGCUGUGUUGCGUCGGCGAGGCUGACUCUGGCAAGACAAGCUGGUUUGCGCCAUACGAAGGUAUAAUAUCAAGGGAAAAGUUAGCCUCGGUAACAAGAGACAGGCACUUUUCGGCCAGCAUGCUCAGCGACGACACGGAGUGCUUGAUUGUCGAUGAAUGGCCACCAGAUGCGCUGAGUGCAGACGACGCGAAAAGGAUCCUGCAAGGAGGAUAUGUUGCUCUACCACAGAAGCACAAAGAAGCUACGCAUGUCGUUUACCGCUCUGGGGUUUACAUUACAUGCAACUCAAUACCUUCGUUUACAGAAAUCGAUGACGCUGCUAUUCAGACACGAUUGGCUGUAUUCAAAACAAGAUCUUUGAAGGAAAGAAAUCCUCAGGCAACAAACUACCUGAGGAAAAACUGCAUGCAAUGCUUCCAUUGGUGCGCCAAUGAAUUACGCGACACUCCAUUGUGGGAAGUCGAGGAAAUUGAAAGAGCGGAGCAGCAACACGAUGAUGAGGGUGCCAUUUUUAACGAUUUCAAUGAAGGGCAAUCAUCCAGGAUGAUUAACAUUGAAGAAAUAGAAAAACUUCAAUUCUCGCAGAGCAUUAUAAUUGCAAACGAUGAAGCAACAGCCGAGCACCCUCAAGGAGCAGUGCCUACUGAAAUUAUUGACCAGGUCAUCUUGGACGACGAAGAUGAGAAUCCGAACUGGGUGAGGGAGGAAAGUCGCUGUUUCGUCACUUUUGGGCCCAUCAAUGUAUUUUCAUACCACAAAGCUGUGUUUCUUUUGAUCACUUCUAAACCAAACUGGGAUUUAUUGGAUGCAACGGAUGAAGACUUGGAAAGAUUUCAAAGAAGACGACGACUUUCCUGGAAAAAGCCCGAUUCCAUGUAUGAUGCCUGGCUUCUCAUCGAAGGAACGCCAAGACCAGAAUUUGAUAUCAAAUUGUUUUCGGAAACAUUUCCUCGAUGGGAAGAACUCUUGAGGGAAACGUACCGUGGUAUCAGUCAGCUUUCCACGCCGAUCAACGAAUCGAUUGAUUCAAAUAAUGACAAGACUGCCAGUGACGACGAGAGCUUCUUUAAAACGCAAAAAACGCCAAAAAAGCGUCCACGAACUAUGAUUGUUCAAAGGCGAAGAAAACAUCUAAAGUUAUCAAGCGACGAAGAAGAAUAAACCUUUGUUUUCAAAUGCCUUUUGAGUUAU